CCCUCCGCCGCUCCGCUCCAACACAAAAUAGGGCCGCGUCUUCUCCUUUCUCCCCCUUCUGGAGUGGGGUUCACCAGGCAAAAGGGCCACCCGGAUCUCGCGCCGGAGGCUUCCUGAAUCUCCACGACCAUUGCCGAGAUCUCGGGCCAGGAAAUAGCCCCUUCGCAGGAACCACCCUACCGGCCGAACAGGAGGCGGAGGGGGGGGGAGGCGGAGCGGCGCCGCGCUGCACUACUUUCCUCUCCGGUUGCAAAUGGCUGCCUCGUUCCCCACUUUCCGCUCAGUUUCCUGACCCCCCGGCGCCGGGAGCCGGGGUUGGGCCAUGCACCUCUAAGCCCCCCGCGAUCGCAGCCAGCCGGGGGUCGAGAGGGUGCCGCCGAUCAGAGCCGGCCAGGCCGGGGGCGGGGCAGCUCCCGAGGCCAGAGGGGAAGGGAGGCGAGCGCAGGGCCUGGAGCGGCCGGAGGGGAGCGGGCAGAGGGCUCGCACCGCCCGCCCCUUCCUCUUCCUCGCCCACCUACCCUCCUCCCUUCCCCGGGGGGAGCAGAAGGUGGGGGGCUCGAAGCCGCCGAGGGCGAGCGCUUGGGGUCGAGGAGCCCGGCGCUGGGGUGUGUGUCAGGUUCAGCUUCGCGGCCCCGCCGGCUCCGUGUCGCCGUAGCUCGCGCGGCCCCGGGGCGCCGGCCCGAGCGGGGAGAGGGGCUCGGCGCUCCUGCGAGGGUCUCACGUUCCAUCCGGGCCCGGCGCGGGGCGGCGCGGCAUUCCUUCCGGGCUGCUGGGGAGGCGCCUCGACGUUCCAUCUGGAGAGCCUCGACGUUCCGCCCGAGCCCGGUGCGGGCGGCCGGGGCGCUGGCCCGGCCCUAGGACUGAGAGGCCGCCCGGCGACGCGGAUGCGGAUCCUGCUCGCCCAAGAUCAAAGCCACCGGUGCUCUCUUUGUGUCCGCUCGGGAUUCGCCGCCCAGGGGCUGUCCAUGGAAACCUAAACUGCUGGAACCCGAGGCAGAGAACCUUUCUUUGGCUUCUUGCUUUUUUUGGGCGGGGGAGGGUGGCCACUCCGACCUGGAUUUACCGUUCUUGGCCCCCCUAAGCCCCCCCGUGCGGGGGGCGGCUGUGAUCGCUCUGGCGGUUGGAGGUCGGGGAGCGGCCCGGGCUCUGGCCAUGUUCUCGGAUGAGGAUUUCUGGAUCGCCCUGUGAAGAGGUCUCCCCGAGAGGGCCCUGCCCGGUCGGAGAGAGGGAUGGACAGCCCGAAGCCGCCUGGUGAGGAUAAAGAUUCAGAACCAGCAGCUGAUGGACCUGCAGCCUCCGAAGAGUCAGGUGCCACUGAGCCAGACCUUCCCAAACCACAUGUGGGGGAGGGCUCUGUGCCCAGUUCUGGGGGUCCCAGGCUUCAGGAGCCUCCCCAGGACUGCAGUGGGGGUCCAAUGCGGCGUUGUGCUCUCUGUAACUGCGGGGAGCCCAGUCUACAUGGGCAGCGGGAGCUACGGCGCUUUGAGUUGCCAUUUGACUGGCCCCGGUGUCCAGUGGUAUCCCCUGGGGGGAACCCAGGGCCCAGUGAGGCAGCGCUGCCCAGUGAGGACCUAUCACAGAUUGGUUUCCCUGAGGGCCUGACACCUGCCCACCUAGGAGAACCUGGAGGGUCCUGCUGGGCUCACCACUGGUGUGCUGCGUGGUCGGCAGGCGUGUGGGGGCAGGAGGGCCCAGAACUAUGUGGUGUGGACAAGGCCAUCUUCUCAGGGAUCUCACAGCGCUGUUCCCACUGCACCAGACUCGGUGCCUCCAUCCCUUGCCGCUCACCUGGAUGUCCACGUCUUUACCACUUCCCUUGUGCAACUGCCAGCGGUUCCUUCUUAUCCAUGAAAACACUGCAGCUGCUAUGCCCGGAGCACAGUGAGGGGGCCACACAUCUGGAGGAGGCUCGCUGUGCAGUAUGUGAGGGGCCAGGGGAAUUGUGUGACCUGUUCUUCUGUACCAGCUGUGGGCAUCACUAUCACGGGGCCUGCCUGGACACUGCUCUGACUGCCCGCAAGCGUGCUGGCUGGCAGUGCCCUGAGUGCAAAGUGUGCCAAGCUUGCAGGAAACCUGGGAAUGACUCUAAGAUGUUGGUCUGUGAGACGUGUGACAAAGGAUACCAUACCUUCUGCCUGAAACCACCUAUGGAGGAACUGCCUGCUCACUCUUGGAAGUGCAAGGCAUGCCGGGUAUGCCGGGCCUGUGGGGCCGGCUCAGCAGAGCUGAACCCCAACUCUGAGUGGUUUGAGAACUACUCGCUCUGUCACCGCUGUCACAAAGCCCAGGGAGGACAGCCUGUCAGUUCUGUUGCUGAGCAGCACCCCGCGGUCUGUGGCAGAUUCUCAUCCCCAGAGCCCGGCGAUACCCCCACUGAUGAGCCCGAUGCUCUGUACGUUGCAUGCCAAGGGCAGCCAAAGGGUGGGCACGUGACCUCUAUGCAACCCAAGGAACCGGGGCCCCUGCAAUGUGAAGCCAAACCACUAGGUAGAGAAGGGGCCCAACUUGAGCCCCAGUUGGAGGCCUCCCUAAAUGAGGAGAUGCCACUGCUGCCCCCACCUGAGGAGUCGCCCCUGUCCCCACCGCCUGAGGAAUCGCCCACAUCCCCGCCGCCUGAGGCAUCGCGCCUGUCCCCACCGCCUGAGGACUCGCCCCUCUCUCCACCGCCUGAGGAGUCUCCUCUGUCUCCCCCACCUGAGGCAUCACCUUUUUCUCCACUGGAGGAGUCACCCUUCUCUCCCCCAGAGGAGUCCCCCCCAUCUCCCCCGCUUGAGACACCCUUAUCCCCACCGCCUGAAGCAUCACCUCUGUCACCGCCAUUUGAGGAGUCUCCCCUGUCCCCCCCACCGGAGGAAUUGCCUACCUCCCCACCACCCGAAGCAUCGCGCCUGUUCCCACCGCCUGAGGAGUCACCCAUGUCCCCUCCACCUGAAGAGUCACCCAUGUCUCCACCACCUGAGGCAUCUUGUCUGUUCCCACCAUUUGAAGAAUCGCCCCUGUCCCCUCCACCAGAGGAGUCUCCUCUCUCCCCACCACCUGAGGCGUCACGCCUGUCCCCACCGCCUGAGGACUCACCCAUGUCCCCGCCACCUGAAGACUCGCCCAUGUCCCCCCCGCCUGAGGUAUCACGCCUGUCUCCCCUGCCUGAGGUGUCACGCCUGUCCCCACCACCUGAGGAAUCUCCCCUGUCCCCACCACCUGAGGAGUCUCCCACAUCCCCGCCACCUGAGGCUUCACGCCUGUCCCCACCGCCUGAGGACUCACCCGCGUCCCCGCCACCUGAAGACUCACCUGCUUCCCCGCCACCGGAGGACUUGCUUAUGUCCCUACCCCUGGAGGAGUCACCCCUGUCGCCACUGCCUGAGGAACUGCGACCCUGCCCCCGGCCCGAGGAGCCACAUCUGUCCCCUGCGCCCCAGGAGCCUCGUUUGUCCCCUGUGCCCGAGGAGCCUCGCUUGUCUCCUGCGCCCGAGGAGCCGCGCCUGUCCCCUGUGUCCGAGGAGCCGCGCCUGUCCCCUGCGCCCCAGGAGCCGCGCCCGUCCCCUGUGUCCGCGGAGCCUCGUCUGUCCCCUGCGCCCCAGGAGCCGCGCCCGUCCCCUGCACCUGAGGAGCUGCAUCUGUCCUCCCAGCCUGAGGAGCCACGCCUGGCCCCCACGGCCGAGGAGCCGCAGUUGUCCCCAGUGCCCGAGGAGCCGCGCCUGUCCCCUCGACCUGAGGAGCCGCACCUGUCCCCUCGCCCUGAAGAGCACCCUGAGGAGCCAGGCCUGUGCCCGGCACCUGAGGAAUUGCCCUCGUUCCUCCCACCUGGGGAGCCACCCUUAUCCCCUUUGCUUGGAGAGCCGGCCCUGUCUGAGCCUGGGGAGCCACCUCUGUCCCCUCUGCCGGAGGAGCUGCCGUUGUCCCCAUCUGGGGAGCCAUCUUUGUCACCUCAGCUGAUGCCACCAGAUCCUCUUCCUCCUCCGCUCUCACCCAUUAUCACAGCUGUGGCCCCGCCGGCCCUGUCUCCUUUGGGAGAGUUAGAGUACCCCUUUGGUGCCAAAGGGGACAGUGACCCUGAGUCGCCAUUGGCUGCCCCCAUCCUAGAGACACCUAUCAGCCCUCCACCAGAAGCUAACUGCACUGACCCUGAGCCUGUACCCCCUAUGAUCCUUCCCCCAUCUCCAGGCUCCCCGGUAGGACUGGCCUCUCCCAUGCUGAUGGAGCCCCUUCCCCCUCGUUGUUCCCCACUCCUCCAGCAUUCCCUGCCUCCCCCAAACUCCCCUCCUUCCCAUUGCUCUCCCCCUGCUCUGCCACUGUCUAUUCCUUCCCCACUGAGUCCCAUGCAGAAGGCAGUGCAGGUCUCAGAUGAGGCUGAGCCACAUGAGAUGGAGACUGAGAAAGCCCCAGAACCUGAGUGCCCAGCCUUGGAACCCAGCCCUACUAGUCCUCUCCCCUCUCCCAUGGGGAACCUUUCCUGCCCUGCACCCAGCCCUGCCCCAGCCCUGGAUGACUUCUCUGGCCUGGGGGAAGAUACAGCCCCUCUGGAUGGGACUGACACUCCUGGAUCACAGCCAGAGGCCGGACAGACCCCUGGCAGUUUGGCUAGUGAACUUAAGGGUUCCCCUGUGCUCCUGGACCCCGAGGAGCUGGCCCCUGUGACCCCUAUGGAGGUCUAUGGCCCAGAAUGCAAGCAGGCAGAGCAGGGCUCACCCUGUGAAGAGCAAGAGGAGCCACGUGCACCAGUGGCUCCUACCCCACCUACUCUCAUCAAAUCUGACAUCGUUAAUGAGAUCUCCAAUCUGAGCCAGGGCGAUGCCAGUGCCAGUUUUCCUGGUUCAGAGCCCCUGCUGGGCUCUCCCGACCCCGAGGGGGGUGGCUCCUUGUCCAUGGAGCUGGGGGUAUCUACAGACGUUAGUCCAGCCCGAGAUGAGGGCUCCCUGCGGCUUUGUACGGAUUCGCUGCCAGAGACAGAUGACUCGCUGUUGUGUGAUGCCGGGACGGCUAUCGGAGGAGGCAAAGCGGAGGGGGACAAGGGGAGGCGGCGCAGCUCCCCGGCUCGUUCCCGCAUCAAACAGGGUCGCAGCAGUAGUUUCCCAGGAAGACGCCGGCCACGCGGAGGAGCACACGGAGGACGUGGCAGAGGACGGGCCCGGCUAAAAUCAACUACUUCUUCCAUUGAGACUCUGGUAGUUGCUGAUAUCGAUAGCUCUCCCAGCAAGGAGGAAGAAGAUGAUGAUGAUGACACCAUGCAAAAUACUGUGGUUCUCUUCUCCAACACAGACAAGUUUGUCCUAAUGCAGGACAUGUGUGUGGUAUGUGGCAGCUUUGGCCGGGGGGCAGAGGGCCACCUCCUUGCCUGUUCCCAGUGCUCUCAGUGCUAUCACCCUUACUGUGUCAACAGCAAGAUCACCAAGGUGAUGCUGCUGAAGGGCUGGCGUUGCGUGGAGUGCAUCGUGUGUGAGGUAUGCGGCCAGGCCUCAGACCCCUCCCGCCUGCUGCUCUGCGAUGACUGUGACAUUAGCUACCACACGUACUGCCUGGACCCCCCACUGCUCACCGUGCCCAAGGGUGGCUGGAAGUGCAAGUGGUGUGUGUCCUGUAUGCAGUGUGGGGCCGCCUCCCCUGGCUUCCACUGUGAAUGGCAGAAUAGUUACACGCACUGCGGGCCCUGCGCCAGCCUGGUGACCUGCCCGAUCUGUCAUGCCCCGUAUGUGGAAGAGGACCUCCUGAUCCAGUGCCGUCACUGUGAACGGUGGAUGCAUGCUGGUUGCGAGAGCCUCUUCACAGAGGAUGACGUGGAGCAGGCGGCUGACGAGGGCUUUGACUGUGUCUCCUGCCAGCCUUACGUGGUAAAGCCUGCUGUGCCUGUUGCGCCUCCAGAGUUGGUGCCUAUGAAGGUGAAAGAGCCGGAGCCCCAGUACUUCCGCUUCGAGGGUGUGUGGCUGACAGAAACUGGCAUGGCUGUGCUGCGUAACCUGACCAUGUCGCCCCUGCACAAGCGGCGCCAGCGGCGAGGACGGCUUGGCCUCCCAGGCGAGGCAGGGCUGGAGGGUUCUGAGCCUUCAGAUGCCCUUGGCCCUGAUGACAAGAAGGAUGGAGACCUGGACACUGAUGAGCUGCUCAAGGGUGAAGGUGGUGUGGAGCACAUGGAAUGCGAAAUUAAACUAGAGGGCCCCGUCAGCCCUGAUGGAGAGCCUGGCAAAGAGGAGACCGAGGAAAGCAAAAAACGCAAACGCAAACCCUAUCGGCCUGGCAUCGGUGGUUUCAUGGUGCGACAGCGGAAAUCCCACACACGUGUGAAAAAGGGGCCUGCUGCACAGGCGGAGGUGUUGAGUGGGGAUGGGCAGCCCGACGAGGGUGAGACGGUGUUGCCUGCCGACCUGCCUGCAGAGGGCUCUGUGGACCAGAGCUUAGCUGAUGGGGAUGAGAAGAAGAAGCAGCAGCGGCGAGGGCGCAAGAAGAGCAAACUAGAGGACAUGUUCCCUGCUUAUCUGCAGGAAGCCUUCUUUGGGAAGGAGCUGCUGGACCUGAGCCGGAAGGCCCUUUUUGCAGUUGGGGUGGGCCGGCCAAGCUUUGGACUAGGAACCCCAAAAGCCAAGGGGGAUGGAGGCUCAGAUAGGAAGGAGCUCCCGACCUCACAGAAAGGAGAUGAUGGUCCGGAUGUUGCAGAUGAAGAAUCCCGUGGUCCUGAGGGCAAGGCUGAUACGUCAGGACCUGAGGAUGGCGGCGUAAAGGCAUCCCCAGUGCCUAGUGACCCUGAGAAGCCAGGCACCCCGGGUGAAGGGAUGCUUAGCUCUGACUUAGACAGGAUUCCCACAGAAGUCUUCCUCAGCAGCAUCCUUCAUCGAUCCCUCACAGAACUGCCCAAGAUGGAAUCCAAGGACCUGCAGCAGCUUUUCAAGGAUGUUCUGGGUUCUGAACGAGAGCAACAUCUGGGUUGUGGAACCCCUGGCCUCGACGGCAGCCGUACACCGCUACAGAGGCCCUUUCUUCAAGGUGGACUCCCUUUGGGCAGUCUCCCCUCCAGCAGCCCAAUGGACUCCUACCCGGGCCUUUGCCAGUCCCCAUUCCUGGAUUCUAGGGAGCGCGGGGGCUUCUUUAGCCCGGAGCCCGGUGAGCCAGACAGCCCCUGGACAGGCUCGGGGGGCACCACGCCCUCCACUCCGACCACGCCCACCACAGAGGGUGAGGGCGACGGGCUCUCCUACAACCAGCGGAGUCUUCAGCGCUGGGAGAAGGACGAGGAGUUGGGCCAGCUCUCUACCAUCUCACCUGUGCUCUAUGCCAACAUUAACUUUCCCAAUCUCAAGCAAGAUUACCCAGACUGGUCUAGCCGCUGCAAACAAAUCAUGAAGCUCUGGAGAAAAGUUCCAGCUGCUGAUAAAGCCCCCUACCUGCAAAAGGCCAAAGAUAACCGGGCAGCUCACCGCAUCAGCAAGGUGCAAAAGCAGGCUGAGAGCCAGAUCAACAAGCAGACCAAGGUGGGCGACAUGGCCCGUAAGACUGACCGACCGGCCCUUCAUCUCCGCAUUCCCCCCCAGCCAGGGGCACUGGGCAGCCCGCCUCCUGCUGCUGCCCCCACCAUUUUCAUUGGCAGCCCCACUCCCCCCGCCGGCUUGUCUACCUCUGCGGAUGGGUUCCUGAAGCCGCCGGCGGGCACGGUGCCCGGCCCCGACUCGCCCGGUGAGCUCUUCCUCAAGCUCCCACCCCAGGUGCCCGCCCAAGUGCCUUCGCAGGACCCCUUUGGACUGGCCCCCGCCUACGCUCUGGAGCCCCGCUUCCCCACGGCACCACCCACCUAUCCUCCCUAUCCUAGUCCUACCGGGGCCCCCGCGCAGCCCGCGACGCUGGGCGCCUCAUCUCGUCCUGGGACCGGCCAGCCAGGGGAGUUCCACACCACCCCACCUGGCACCCCCCGACACCAGCCCUCCACACCUGACCCCUUCCUCAAACCCCGCUGCCCCUCACUGGACAACCUGGCUGUGCCUGAGAGCCCAGGGGUAGGGGGAGGCAAGGCUUCUGAGCCUCUGCUGUCGCCCCUGCCUUUCGGGGAGUCUCGGAAGGCCCUAGAGGUGAAGAAGGAAGAGCUUGGGGCAUCCUCUCCCAGCUAUGGGCCCCCAAACCUGGGCUUUGUUGAUUCACCCUCCUCAGGCCCCCAUCUGGGUGGCCUGGAGUUAAAGGCACCCGACGUCUUCAAAGCCCCCCUGACCCCUCGGGCAUCUCAGGUAGAGCCCCAGAGCCCAGGCUUGGGCCUAAGGCCCCAGGAGCCGCCCCCUGCCCAGGCUUUGGCCCCUUCCCCUCCCAGCCACUCGGACAUCUUUCGCCCUGGCUCCUACCCUGACCCCUAUGCCCAACCGCCGUUGACCCCUCGGCCCCCGCCCCCGCCCCCUGAGAGCUGCUGUGCCCUGCCUCCUCGCUCGCUGCCCUCUGACCCUUUCUCCCGAGUGCCCGCCAGUCCCCAGUCCCAGUCCAGCUCCCAGUCCCCGCUGACACCCCGUCCUCUGUCUGCUGAGGCUUUCUGCCCGUCCCCUGUUACCCCUCGCUUCCAGUCCCCUGACCCCUAUUCCCGCCCACCGUCACGCCCUCAGUCCCGGGACCCGUUUGCCCCACUGCAUAAGCCACCCCGCCCCCAGCCCCCUGAAGUUGCCUUCAAGGCUGGGCCUCUAGCCCACACUCCGUUGGGGGCUGGGGGUUUCCCAGCAGCCCUGCCCUCAGGGCCGGCAGGUGAGCUCCAUGCCAAGGUCCCAAGUGUGCAGCCCCCCAAUUUUGCCCGGUCUCCUGGGACUGGUGCAUUUGUAGGCACCCCUUCUCCCAUGCGUUUCACUUUCCCUCAGGCAGUAGGGGAGCCUUCGCUAAAGCCCCCUGUCCCUCAGCCUGGUCUCCCUCCACCCCAUGGGAUCAACAGCCAUUUUGGGCCCGGCCCUACCUUGGGCAAGCCUCAAAGCACAAACUACACAGUAGCCACAGGGAACUUCCACCCAUCGGGCAGCCCUCUGGGACCCAGCAGUGGGUCCACAGGAGAGGGCUAUGGGCUGUCCCCACUGCGCCCCCCAUCAGUCCUUCCACCACCUGCACCCGAUGGAUCCCUCCCCUACCUGUCCCAUGGAGCCUCACAGCGGGCAGGCAUCACCUCUCCAGCUGAGAAGCGAGAAGACCCAGGGGCUGGGAUGGGCAGCUCUUUGGCAGCACCUGAACUUCCAGGUACCCAGGACCCAGGCAUGUCCAGCCUCAGUCAGACAGAGCUGGAGAAGCAACGACAGCGCCAACGACUACGGGAGCUGCUGAUUCGGCAGCAGAUCCAGCGCAACACCCUUCGGCAGGAGAAGGAAACUGCGGCAGCUGCCGGAGCAGUGGGGCCCCCGGGCAGCUGGGGUGCUGAGCCUAGUAGCCCUGCCUUUGAGCAGCUGGGUCGAGGCCAGACCCCCUUUGCUGGCACCCAGGACAAGAGCAGCCUUGUGGGGCUGCCCCCAAGCAAGCUGGGUGGCCCCAUCCUGGGGCCGGGGGCUUUCCCCAGUGAUGACCGACUCUCCCGGCCACCUCCACCAGCCACCCCUUCCGCUAUGGAUGUGAACAGCCGGCAAUUGGUGGGAGGCUCCCAAGCCUUCUAUCAGCGAGCACCGUAUCCUGGGUCCCUGCCCUUGCAGCAGCAGCAGCAGCAACUGUGGCAGCAGCAGCAGCAGCAGCAACAGGCAACAGCAGCAACUUCCAUGCGACUUGCCAUGUCGACACGCUUUCCGUCAACUCCUGGGCCUGAACUUGGCCGCCAAGCCAUAGGUUCCCCCUUGGCGGGAAUUCCCACCCGCCUGCCUGGCCCUGGUGAGCCAGUGCCUGGUCCAGCUGGUCCUGCCCAGUUCAUUGAGUUGCGGCACAAUGUACAGAAAGGACUGGGACCGGGGGUGCCUCCGUUUCCUGGUCAGGGCCCCCCUCAGAGACCCCGUUUUUUCCCUGUAACUGAGGAUUCUCACCGACUGGCCCCUGAAGGGCUUCGUGGCCUAGCAGUGUCAGGCCUUCCUCCCCAGAAACCCUCAGCCCCGCCGGCCCCUGAACUGAACAACGGCCUGCAUCCAACGCCCCAUACCAAGGGUCCCAACGCGCCCGCUGGCUUGGAGCUAGUCAGCCGGCCCCCCUCAGGCACUGAGCUUGGCCGCCCUCCUCUGGCCCUGGAAGCUGGGAAGUUACCCUGUGAGGAUCCUGAGUUGGACGAUGACUUUGAUGCCCACAAGGCCCUGGAGGAUGAUGAGGAGCUUGCUCACCUGGGCCUGGGUGUGGAUGUGGCCAAGGGAGAUGAUGAGCUGGGCACCCUGGAAAACCUGGAGACCAAUGAUCCCCACCUGGACGACCUGCUCAACGGGGAUGAGUUUGACCUGCUGGCCUAUACUGACCCUGAGCUGGACACCGGGGACAAGAAGGACAUCUUCAAUGAGCAUCUGAGGCUGGUGGAGUCGGCCAAUGAAAAGGCUGAGCGGGAGGCUCUGUUGCGGGGGGUGGAGGCAGGACCCUUGGGCCCUGAGGAGCGCCCUCCCCCCGCUGCUGAUGCCUCUGAGCCCCGUCUGGCAUCCGUGCUCCCCGAGGUGAAGCCCAAGUUGGAGGAGGGUGGGCGCCACCCUUCCCCUUGCCAGUUUACCAUUACCACCCCCAAGGUAGAGCCAGCUCCAGCCACCACUUCCCUAGGCCUGGGGCUGAAGCCAGGACAGAGUGUGGUGGGCAGCCGGGACACUCGAAUGGGCCCAGGACCUUUUUCCAGUAGUGGGCACCCAGCUGAGAAGGUCCCCUUUGGGACCACAGGAGGACCACCAGCUCACCUGCUGACCCCCAGCCCACUGAGUGGCCCAGGAGGGUCCUCCCUGCUGGAAAAGUUUGAGCUAGAGAGUGGGGCCCUGACCUUGCCCGGUGGACAUGCAUCUGGGGAUGAGCUGGACAAGAUGGAGAGCUCACUGGUAGCCAGUGAGUUGCCCCUGCUCAUCGAGGACCUGUUGGAACAUGAGAAGAAGGAGCUGCAGAAGAAACAGCAGCUCUCAGCACAGCUGCAGCCUGCCCAGCAGCAGCAGCAACAGCAGCAUUCCCUGCUGUCCACCCCAGGCCCUGCCCAGCCUGUGCCUUUGCCACAUGAGGGCUCUUCUCCCAGUUUGGCUGGCGCCCAGCAGCAGCUUGCCCUGGGACUUGGAGGUUCCCGACAGCCAGGCUUGGCCCAGCCACUGAUGCCCACCCAGCCACCAGCUCAUGCCCUCCAGCAGCGCCUGGCCCCAUCCAUGACCAUGGUGUCCAACCAAGGGCAUAUGCUAAGUGGGCAGCAUGGGGGACAGGCAGGCUUGGUGCCCCAGCAGAGCCCGCAGCCAGUGCUGGCACAGAAGCCCAUGGGUACCAUGCCACCUUCCAUGUGCAUGAAACCGCAGCAGCUGGCAAUGCAGCAGCAGCUGGCUAACAGCUUCUUCCCGGAUACAGACCUGGACAAAUUUGCUGCAGAAGAUAUCAUUGAUCCUAUUGCAAAGGCCAAGAUGGUUGCUUUGAAAGGCAUCAAGAAGGUGAUGGCUCAGGGCAGCAUUGGAGUGGCACCUGGUAUGAACAGGCAGCAAGUGUCCCUGCUAGCCCAGAGACUCUCAGGGGGGCCCGGCAGUGAUCUGCAGAACCACGUGGCAGCUGGGAGUGGCCAGUCUCUCUCGUCACAGGAGCGGAGUGCCGGUGACCCCUCCCAGCCUCGUCCCAAUCCACCCACUUUUGCCCAGGGAGUGAUCAAUGAAGCUGACCAGCGGCAGUAUGAGGAGUGGCUGUUCCAUACCCAGCAGCUCCUACAGAUGCAACUGAAGGUGCUAGAGGAGCAGAUCGGGGUGCACCGCAAGUCCCGGAAAGCUCUGUGCGCCAAGCAGCGCACUGCCAAAAAGGCUGGCCGUGAGUUCCCAGAGGCUGAUGCUGAGAAGCUCAAGCUGGUUACAGAACAACAGAGCAAGAUCCAGAAACAGCUGGAUCAGGUCCGGAAGCAGCAGAAGGAGCACACUAAUCUCAUGGCAGAAUAUCGGAAUAAGCAGCAGCAGCAGCAGCAGCAACAGCAGCAGCACUCAGCUGUAUUGGCCCUUAGCCCUUCCCAGAGCCCCCGGCUACUCACCAAGCUUCCUGGUCAGCUGCUCCCCGGCCAUGGGCUGCAGCCACCGCAGGGGCCCCCCGGUGGGCAAGCUGCAGGUCUUCGCCUGCCCCCCGGGGGCAUGGCACUACCUGGACAGCCUGGUGGCCCCUUCCUCAACACCACCCUGGCCCAGCAGCAGCAACAGCAACAUUCUGGUGGGGCUGGGGCCCUGGCUGGCCCCUCAGGGAGCUUUUUCCCUGGCAACCUUGCUCUUCGAGGCCUAGGACCUGACUCGAGGCUUUUACAGGAGAGGCAGCUGCAGCUACAGCAGCAACGCCUGCAGCUUGCCCAGAAACUGCAACAGCAGCAGCAGCACCUCCUAGGACAGGUGGCAAUCCAGCAGCAACAGCAACAGGGCCCAGGGGUACCGGCAAACCAGGGUCUGGGUCCCAAGCCCCAAGGGCUUCUGCCUCCCAGCAGCCAUCAGGGCCUCUUGGUCCAGCAGCUGUCCCCCCAGCCACCCCAGGGGCCCCAGGGCAUGCUGGGCCCUGCCCAGGUGGCAGUGUUGCAGCAGCAGCAGCAGCAGCAGCAGCAGCAGCACCCUGGAGCUCUGGGCCCCCAGGGCCCUCACAGACAGGUGAUCCUGACCCAGCCCCGGGUGCUAAGUUCCCCCCAGCUGGCACAGCAGGGUCAGGGCCUUAUGGGACACCGGCUGGUCACAUCCCAGCAGCAGCAGCAGCAGCAGCAGCAGCAGCACCAACAGCAGGGAUCCAUGGCAGGGCUUUCCCAUCUUCAGCAGGGUCUGAUGCCACACAGUGGGCAGCCCAAACUGAGUGCUCAGCCCAUGGCCUCCUUGCAGCAGCAACAGCUGCAGCAGCAGCAGCUACAACAGCAGCAGCAGCAGCAGCUACAACAGCAGCAGCAGCAGCAGCUACAACAGCAGCAGCAGCAGCAGCUACAACAGCAGCAGCAGCAGCAGCAGCUUCAACAACAGCAGCAGCAGCAGCAGCUACAACAACAGCAGCAGCAGCAGCUACAACAGCAGCAGCAGCAGCAGCUACAACAGCAGCAGCAGCAGCAGCUACAACAGCAGCAGCAGCAGCAGCAGCUUCAACAACAGCAGCAGCAGAUGGGCCUCUUGAGCCAGAGUCGAACUUUACUGUCUCCUCAACAGCAGCAGCAGCAGCAGCAGCAGCAGCAGCAGCAGCAGCAGCAGCAGCAGCAGCAGCAACAGCAGCAGCAGCAACAGCAACAGCAGCAAGUGACACUCGGCCCUGGCAUGCCAGCCAAGCCUCUGCAACACUUUUCUAGCCCCGGAGCCCUGGGCCCAACCCUCAUCCUAACGGGCAAGGAACAAAACAUUGUAGAGGCGGCUCUUCCUCCAGAGGCCACUGAGGGGCCCUCCACGCAUCAGGGAGGGCCGUUAGCUGUAGGGACUGUACCAGAGUCAGUGGCCACUGAACCAGGGGAGGUAAAGCCCUCACUCUCCGGGGACUCACAACUCCUCCUUGUCCAACCCCAGGCCCAGGCUCAGCCCAGCUCUGUGCAGCUGCAGCCACCUCUGAGGCUCCCAGGACAACAGCAGCAGCAAGUUAACUUGCUCCACACAGCGGGUGUGGGAAGCCAUGGGCAACCAGGCAGUGGAUCAUCUUCUGAGGCCUCAUCUGUGCCCCACGUGCUGGCCCAAUCCUCUGUUUCCUUAGGGGAGCAGCCUGGACCCAUGACCCAGAAUCUUCUGAGCUCCCAACAGCCCCCUGGACUAGAGCGGCCCAUGCAAAAUAAUGCAGGGCCACAGCCUGCCAAACCAGGAUCUAUCCCCCAGUCUGGGCAGAGCCUGCCUGGAGCUGGGGUCAUGCCUACAGUGGGUCAGCUUCGAGCACAGCUUCAAGGAGUCCUGGCCAAAAACCCACAGCUGCGGCACUUGAGUCCUCAGCAGCAGCAGCAGCUACAGGCACUCCUCAUGCAGCGGCAGCUACAGCAGAGUCAGGCAGUACGCCAGGCCCCACCCUACCAGGAGCCUGGGACCCAGCCCUCUCCCCUCCAGGGCCUCCUGGGCCGCCAACCCCAACUUGGGGGCUUCCCUGGAUCCCAGACAGGCCCUCUUCAGGAGCUGGGGGCAGGGCUUCGACCUCAGGGCCCACCCCGGCUCCCCGCCCCACAAGGAGCCUUAUCCACAGGACCAGUCCUUGGCCCUGUCCUUCCCACACCUCCACCAUCCAGCCCCCAAGAGCCAAAGAGACCUUCUUCACAGUUACCUUCCCCCAGCUCCCAGCUUCCCUCUGAGGCCCAGCUCCCUACCACACAACCAGGAACCCCAAAACCCCAGGGGCCACCCUUGGAGCUGCCUCCUGGGAGGGUCUCACCUGCUGCUGCCCAGCUUGCAGAUACCUUCUUUGGCAAGGGGCUGGGACCUUGGGACCCCCCAGACAACCUAGCGGAAGCCCAGAAGCCGGACCAAAGCAGCCUGGUACCUGGGCAUCUGGAGCAGGUGAAUGGGCAGGUGGUACCCGAGCCACCCCAUCUCAGCAUCAAGCAGGAGCCUCGGGAAGAGCCAUGUGCCCUGGGAGCCCAGGCAGUGAAGAGGGAGGCCAACGGGGAGCCAAUAGGGGCACCAGGUACCAGCAACCACCUCCUGCUGGCAGGCCCUCGCUCAGAGGCCGGGCAUCUGCUCUUGCAGAAGCUUCUACGAGCAAAGAAUGUGCAACUCAGCACUGGGCGGGGGCCCGAGGGGCUGCGAGCUGAGAUCAACGGGCACAUUGACAGCAAGCUGGCUGGGCUGGAGCAGAAACUACAGGGUACCCCCAGCAACAAGGAGGAUACAGCAGCAAGGAAGCCUUUGACACCGAAGCCCAAGAGGGUACAGAAGGCAAGCGACAGGUUGGUGAGCUCCCGAAAGAAGCUGCGGAAGGAGGACGGGGUCAGGGCCAGCGAGGCCUUGCUGAAACAGCUGAAACAGGAGCUGUCCCUGCUGCCCCUCACGGAGCCUACCAUCACCGCCAAUUUUAGCCUCUUUGCUCCCUUUGGCAGCGGCUGCCCAAUCAAUGGGCAGUGCCAGCUGAGGGGGGCCUUUGGAAGUGGGGCGCUGCCCACGGGCCCUGACUACUAUUCCCAGCUGCUUACCAAGAAUAACCUGAGUAACCCGCCGACACCACCCUCGUCGCUGCCCCCCACCCCACCCCCAUCGGUGCAGCAGAAGAUGGUGAAUGGCGUCACUCCAUCUGAAGAGCUGGGGGAGCACCCCAAGGAUGCCACCUCUGCCCGGGAUGCUGAAGGGACGCUGAGGGAUGCUUCAGAGGUGAAGAGUCUAGACCUGCUGGCCGCCUUGCCUACGCCCCCUCACAAUCAGACUGAGGAUGUCAGGAUGGAGAGUGACGAGGACAGCGAUUCUCCUGACAGCAUUGUGCCAGCUUCGUCCCCCGAGAGCAUCCUGGGGGAGGAAGCCCCUCGUUUCCCUCAGCUGGGCUCAGGCCGGUGGGAGCAGGACGACCGGGCUCUCUCCCCCGUCAUCCCCAUCAUUCCUCGGGCCAGCAUCCCAGUCUUCCCAGAUAGCAAACCUUAUGGGGCCCUGGAUCUGGAGGCCCCUGGGAAGCUGCCUGCCACAACUUGGGAAAAGGGCAAAGGAAGCGAGGUGUCAGUCAUGCUGACAGUUUCUGCCGCUGCUGCCAAGAACCUGAAUGGUGUGAUGGUGGCAGUGGCAGAGCUACUAAGCAUGAAGAUCCCCAACUCCUAUGAGGUGCUGUUCCCAGAGAGCCCUGCCCGGGCAGGCAUUGAGCCUAAGAAGGGGGAAGCUGAGGGCCCUGGUGGGAAAGAAAAGGGUUUGGGAGGCAAGAGCCCAGAAGCUGGCCCUGAUUGGCUGAAGCAGUUUGAUGCUGUGUUGCCCGGCUAUACCCUCAAGAGCCAGUUAGACAUCUUGAGUCUCCUCAAACAGGAGAGCCCCGCCCCAGAGCCACCCAUCCAGCAUGGCUACACCUACAACGUCUCCAACCUGGACGUGCGGCAGCUCUCGGCACCGCCUCCUGAAGCACCCUCCCCACCCCCUUCCCCUUUGGCACCCUCUCCUGCCAGCCCCCCUGCUGAACCCUUGGCUGAACUUCCAGCUGAACCCUCAGCUGAGCCACCAGUCCCCUCGCCUCUGCCACUUGCCUCGUCCCCUGAAUCAGCCCGGCCCAAGCCCCGAGCCCGGCCUUCUGAAGAAGGUGAAGAUUCCCGGCCCCCUCGCCUCAAGAAGUGGAAGGGGGUGCGCUGGAAGCGUCUCCGGCUGCUGCUGACCAUCCAGAAGGGUGGUGUGCGGCAGGAGGAUGAGCGGGAAGUGGCAGAGUUUAUGGAGCAGCUUGGCACAGCCCUGCGACCUGACAAGGUGCCUCGAGACAUGCGGCGCUGCUGCUUCUGUCAUGAGGAGGGGGAUGGGGCCACGGAUGGGCCCGCUCGCCUGCUGAACCUGGACCUGGACUUGUGGGUGCACCUCAACUGUGCCCUGUGGUCCACGGAGGUAUAUGAGACCCAGGGUGGGGCACUGAUGAACGUGGAGGUUGCCCUGCACCGAGGACUGCUCACCAAGUGCUCCCUGUGCCAGCGCACUGGUGCCACCAGCAGCUGCAAUCGCAUGCGUUGCCCCAACGUCUACCAUUUUGCCUGCGCCAUCCGCGCCAAGUGCAUGUUCUUCAAAGACAAGACCAUGCUGUGUCCGAUGCAUAAGAUCAAGGGGCCCUGCGAGCAGGAGCUGAGCUCUUUUGCUGUCUUCCGGCGGGUCUACAUUGAGCGAGAUGAGGUGAAGCAAAUCGCCAGCAUCAUCCAGCGGGGAGAGCGGCUGCACAUGUUCCGUGUGGGGGGCCUUGUGUUCCACGCCAUCGGACAGCUGCUCCCCCACCAGAUGGCCGACUUCCACAGUGCCACCGCUCUCUAUCCCGUGGGCUACGAGGCCACGCGCAUCUACUGGAGCCUCCGUACUAACAACCGCCGCUGCUGCUACCGCUGCUCCAUCGGCGAGAACAACGGGCGGCCGGAGUUUGUGAUCAAAGUCAUGGAGCAGGGCCUGGAGGACCUGGUCUUCACUGACGCCUCUCCCCAGGCUGUGUGGAAUCGCAUCAUUGAGCCUGUGGCUGCCAUGAGAAAAGAGGCUGACAUGCUGCGGCUCUUCCCUGAGUACCUGAAAGGCGAGGAGCUCUUUGGGCUGACGGUGCACGCCGUGCUGCGCAUAGCUGAAUCACUGCCUGGAGUGGAAAGCUGUCAAAAUUAUUUAUUCCGCUAUGGACGCCACCCCCUGAUGGAGCUGCCACUCAUGAUCAACCCCACUGGUUGUGCUCGAUCAGAGCCUAAAAUCCUCACACACUACAAACGGCCCCACACUCUGAACAGCACCAGCAUGUCCAAGGCAUAUCAGAGCACCUUCACAGGCGAGACCAACACCCCGUACAGCAAGCAGUUUGUGCACUCGAAGUCAUCUCAGUACCGGCGGCUCCGCACUGAGUGGAAGAACAAUGUAUAUCUGGCUCGCUCCCGUAUCCAGGGCCUGGGGCUCUAUGCAGCCAAGGACCUAGAAAAGCACACAAUGGUCAUUGAGUACAUUGGCACCAUCAUUCGCAAUGAGGUGGCCAACCGGCGGGAGAAAAUCUAUGAGGAGCAGAAUCGAGGCAUCUACAUGUUUCGAAUAAACAACGAACAUGUCAUUGAUGCUACGUUGACCGGAGGCCCUGCCAGGUACAUUAACCAUUCCUGUGCCCCUAACUGUGUGGCAGAAGUUGUGACAUUUGACAAGGAGGACAAAAUCAUCAUCAUCUCCAGCCGGCGAAUCCCCAAAGGAGAGGAGCUGACAUAUGACUAUCAGUUUGAUUUUGAGGACGAUCAGCACAAGAUCCCCUGCCACUGUGGAGCCUGGAAUUGUCGGAAAUGGAUGAACUAAGAAGCUUUGAGGCUACCAGGCAGGGGAGUCCCCCACCCCAACCUCUUCCCUGAAAGGGAUGAGGGGGAAGAGAGGUAGCAGCCAGAGCCAGGACCCAGGGCUGGGGCUGCCGGCUGACCGGAGCCCCUGGAGCAGGAGGCUGGGGCAGAGGGCCCUAGGCCAAGCCCACCCUGGGCACCAGGGAUGACCCUCUUCCCCGCCACUGGCCCCCAGGCUGGCAUCUCUGCCCCCAGCUCCAGGAGGGGUCAGACAGAAGCAGCCAUUGGGCAUCUCAGGUUUGAGGGGGAUAUGGGCUGGGAACUACCCAGAAGCAUCUGGGAGGCAGCAGGGAGGGGGGAGGAGGAUGUGUGGCCGGGCCUCACAGCCCUGCUGCUCCCACCGACCUCUCUGGCCCAACUCGAGGCUGCAAAGAGACUUGACUAAGCUUGACAAUCCCAAAGGCCGGGUCCCACACCUGGCCCUGCCUGCCGGGUCCUGCCCCCACCCUCACCCCCAUCCCCUUCCCUCUCAAUCUGUCUCUGUCUCCCUCUUCUCCUCUGUGUUUCUGUCUCUCUAUGGGUUGUGUUUCCUUGUUUUCCACUCUGACAAAUGCAACAUGAACGGGAAAGAGGCGCCCCGCUGCCCAGGAGGGCAAGCCAGGCAAGCCGGGCAAGGAGACCCCGCACCCACACCUACCUCAUUUAAGUGUUGGAUUUUUUGCUGUUUUGAAAUGUGAGACCCUCUCCAAGCCCCCUACUGCCCCAACCCUCUCCCCCACCUCACUGCCCUCUUCUGAGUGGGUGGAAGGGGGGUAGGAGGAAGAAGAAAAAACAACAACAAAAAAUCCAUCUUUGUUUUUAAUUACGGGCAUGGGAUGGUGGUUGAGGCUAAUGAUGAUGAAGAUUGGGGAUGACUGGCCCCUAGUUGCUCUAGGACUUCCUUCUCCAUCUGGACAUGGGGGCGGGAGGGGUGUGCUAAACUUAGGACCAGGAUAUCUCCCUCCGGUUUUCCCAACCCCAUCAUGAGCCCAUUUGCCCUCCAGCCCCUGGAUAGGGUGGGUGGGUGGUAGGGUGAGGGCUAUCCCUGAGUGGCAUGCCCAUACCCAGUGAGGCAGGGUGUGGCCCGGAGCUCCCACUUUCCCUCCGUCACCAAACUGCUGCUGGUCUGGUGGGAA